AUGGCUCGUGACUUUAGCGGGUUAUUCUCAGUCCAUGUCUUUAUAAUCAUGUUAUGGUACCUCGAAACUUUUGUAGUCUCUUUUGCACCACAAGUCCCUUGUUACUUCAUAUUCGGAGACUCGCUGGUUGAUAGCGGCAAUAACAAUGAACUCGUUACGAAGGCUAAAGCCAAUUACCGGCCUUAUGGGGUUGAUUUCCCACAAGGUGUCACCGGUAGAUUCACCAAUGGUCAAACCAUGGCAGACAUCAUCGGUCAAUUUUUAGGUUUCCGUGAGUUCAUUCCACCGUAUGCUAAUGCAACUGACAAACAAAUCAGCAAAGGUGUAAACUACGGCAGCGGGAGUGCUGGCAUUCGAGAGGAAUCAGGAAGUCAUUUGGGUGAUCGGAUCAGCUUGGAUAGGCAAUUACUUCGUCACAAAUCAACAAUUUCACGCCUUUCGCGCUUUCAAAGAAAAACACUAAAAAAAUGCAUUUACGUAGUAAAUAUAGGAAGCAACGAUUACAUCAAUAACUAUUUACUAUAUGACAUAUACAACACAAGCCACAUAUAUUCCACCGAUCAAUAUGCAGAAGUCCUUAUACAACAGUACUCUCGACAACUAAGGACUUUGUAUAGAUUGGGAGGUAGGAAGGUUGCUGUGUUUGGUCUAACUAGGAUGGGGUGCACCCCGGUUGAGAUGAACAAGUUUGGGACAGAUGGGAAACCGUGUGUAGAGUUUGUGAACAACGCGAUUAAAUUAUUCAAUGAUAGGCUUAUGCCUCUUGUUGAUGAGCUCAACAAUAAUAACUCAGACGCAAGAUUCACUUUCAUAAACCUUACAAGCAUUUUAUUACCACUUGGAGAUGUGCCAUUGCCAAGUACUCCUUGUUGUCAUGUAAGGAAAGAUUGGCAAUGUGUUCCAAACUCAUUUCCUUGCAUGAUCCGCACAUUGUCUAUUUUCUACGACGGUUUCCAUCCCUCGGAAAUUUCUAAUAUCGUCAUUGCGACAAGAUCAUAUAUUGGGCUCUUACCAAUGGACGCAUCUCCUUAUGAUAUAAGUCAUUUGGCUCGACUUUAA